AUGGUAAGGAUUUACUCCAAAGCGUUUCUGGUGGCUGUUCGAUCUUUAACUUUGCUGGAACCUCUCGAUGGAGCUCUUUGGCGUUGCCUGGUCGACAAUAGGAUAUCGAACCGUUUGCCGACACGUCGCGGCUGCAGAGCAGGGCGUCGAAAACUGGGACUUGCUGAACAUGAUUUGGCAAGCCCUAAUCUACUCUCUCAUCUGCCGCCGUUAAAUAAUGUCCCUUGCUCUAGUACUGAAGUUGAAGCAUCAACUCAGCAAAAUCUCCAUAUUGGAACAUUAAAUAUUCAAAACGACACCUUUGCGUUUCGCUCUACUGGCUCCUUUCAUCAAACAAUGGGAGAUCACGCACGGGAUGCGGGACCACAAGCACCCAGUGUAAUUCCACCAAAGAAAAACUUUUAUGUUCCUAAAAUCAUGGUUUCAAAUACUAUGUCUCUGGCUCCGAAGAUUGUGGAGGUGGAAGAAUUUGUAGCACGGAAUAAAGUUAGCCUUGCCUUUAUUACCGAAACAUGGCUAAAAUCUACCGUCAUGGACUCUGUCGUUGACAUUCCAGGUUAUAGCAUUAUAAGAAAGGAUCGGUCAUCCGAAGAACAUGGUGGCGUGUGCCUUUAUAUUAAGGACGGAUGCUUUAAGUACAAGCAACUUAAUGAUAUCUCAUGUUGCGCCGACCACGAAGUUUUGUGGGUACAACUAACACCAUCACGUCUUCCAAGAGGUUUCUCGUCAAUUGUCGCCGCAGUUGUUUAUCAUCCUCACUGGACUUUGCCAGAGAACAACUCUAUGCGUGAUCACUUGUUUCAGUCGUUGGCACUUGUUGAGUCGCUUAUAGGAUUGUCNAGAUAA